ACUUGCGCAUUUCGAACGGUGAAUUGUAGCGUCGACUUUCUUAGCAGCUCUCCAACUUGGUUAUUAUAGAACCAUAGCUUUGUGAAAACUUGUCGUUGUUUAGUCGUGCGAUACGCUGAUAUUAAAGAGGAGCAUUUGUAUAAGAUUCGCUUUGUAGGGAACGAUAAUGACAAGUGCAGAGGUUAUGUGCUUCGAAACAUCAUCGCUCGUUACAUUCAUCUAUAGCAAAAUUUAACUGGACGUAUCUCACAUCGAGAAAAAAACUUCUAAGAAGCGCUGCUAGACGGUGUCAUACUAAUGAGUGACUCUGACGAUUUCGACCCGGAGGAUCCGGUCUACAAUGUACUACAGAUGCAUACUGGUCGAUUCCAUUGUAUGUUCGAAUAUGACGAUGACGAUUCAUCGGAUUCAUCGUCAAGCUCAGCGAAAUCGUUAUCAGUAGAAGAGGCCGUUAAAGUUUGUGACUUAACUGCUGUUAAAGAAGCAUUAAGAAAGGAUGCUGGUGCACAUAAGGUAAUCGAUGAAGAAGGUCGAACGCUCCUACAUUUAGCGAUCGAAUAUGGCGACCCGAAGAGGUUACAGUACGCAGACCAAAGGACAAGACGUCGAUUCAUUCGCCAUAGAAGAAUCAAAACGCAAGCUAAAGUGAAGUAUGUAUCGCAGAAAGGAAUCAAUGAUAUGUUAACUGUUUUGUUAGAAAAAGAAUUCGACAUUAACGCUCGAACAAAUAACGGCGAAACGCCUCUGUGGUUAGCUGUUAAAAAUCACAUGAAUGAGGUAACCAAGUUUCUAGUUCAACGAGGUGCCAACGUUACAGUGAAGGAUGAAUACGGGAAUACAUUAGCGCAUAUGAUAGUGAAGGAUGAAAUCGAAGCAUUCUCUACAAAGCACAAGCCAACGCCAGAGUUUACUAAUUUCAGACGAGAGAACAUUGAAUUCUGGGACUGGUUGUUAUCAAACGGAGUCGAUGUUGAUUACGAAAACGCGAAUGGUGAUACGCCAUUUAGAAUGGCGAUAAUGAAAAAUUUAAGAAAUAUGUCGUUGAUCAUGGCUAAGUACACCAGUGAAAUAAGUUUUACAAACAACGAUAACCAGAAUAUCCUUCACAUUCUUUUCGGUAUGGAAUCUGACUCGGAUUCUUAUAUUUGCAAUCACACCAACGACAUUUUGAAAGUUCUGUUGGAAAAAGGAGCAUCAGUCGACGCUGUGGACACUCAAGGCAGAACACCAUUGCAUAUCGCCGCAAAACAUCGAAAAACAUCAAAUAUGAUUCACAUGUUGAAGUAUUUCACUAACAUCCACGCUUGCAACGAGUUUGGCGACACCGUGUUGCAUGUGGCCAUUGACACCUUUGGUUUUCAUUCCGAAGAAAUAAUUCGUACUCUGAUAUCCAAGGGAUCGGAUAUUUACAAAAGAAAUAAUAAUGGUAUGAAUCCUUUGCAAUUAGCUGCUAAACAUAAAGAUGAAAAAGUACUUCAGGUGUUGAAAGAAAACCAAGCCGAUUUCAGUAUUCGUACAGACAACGGUGAGACUCUGUUGCAUAUUCUCAGUCGAACGAAAGUUGAAUUAACGUCUGAUUCCGAUAUGGUCCACUUGCUUAUAAAGCAAGGAUGCGACGUUAAUGCUACUAAUAUCUUAGGCUUUACUCCUUUACACUUGGCAGCAAUGACUGGUUGCAUGACUGUUGUCAAGGGAUUAUUAAAAUAUGGAGCUGAUGUGCAUUGCAAGGAUUCUAUAAAUCACAUGACUCCGCUGCAUUUUGCUGCACUUGGGAAUCACGAAGAGGUGAUCGAUGAAUUGAUGAAAGCUAAAGCCGAUAUCAACUGCAGAACGUCCGCGGGAAAGACACCAUUACAUUUGGCAACUUGUCAUCCCGGCACUUUGCUAAAGACUCUUCUGAAAUACGGUGCAUUCGUCGAUCUUAAAGACAACAAUGGUAAAUUACCACUUCACGAUGUGCUUAUUCAUGACAAUGCCGAUGGUUUGGAGUGUCUUUUGGCGUCUGGAGCUGACAUAAACGACCUCGGCUUUCCGCAACAGUUGGUAUUCCUCAAAGAGAUACAAGAGAGAACGAUAUGGAAGCGUGUUGUCGAGCAUUUGGUGACACUCAAAGCUGCUAAGAUACCAAUUGCUAGUGUUUUCAAGCCUUACAUCGACCUCGAUACUAAAUCAAUGAAAAAAUUCUUUAAGGAGUGCCUUCAGGAGAUUGAAGUUAUGAAGAAAAUAUCGAUAGCCAGGCGGACGUCUCUAUACGAUUUGUUAUUAAUGGAUCCUUAUCGACGCUACUCUGCCGUGAAAACUAUGAGAUUUAAAGUACUUCUCAUUAGUCCAUGUUACUUCGAGUCUACCUUCCGUAAAUACUGCGGAUUAAUACGUACGAGUUACAAGGAGGCGAUUGAAAGAAAACCACUUCUUGAACCGGCUAAGAGCGCUUGGUAUGAACUUACGAAAAUCAGCUUGCCGGAUAUCUGCAUCGAAUGGAUCUUUGCUUAUUUGAGUAAUAGCGAAUUGAAGAUUAUGAUUAAGGGUACGGAAAAUGAGAUCUAGGCUUAAGUUAUAGAACUAUAACUUUUUUACGCCUUAUAUAUUUACAUCAUCAUUUUAAUGAUGUAAUUCAUCUUUGGACAGCUCUUAAAUUUUUUCGAAAAUUAUUUCUUUAUACCUUAAUCAACUUACUUCUAUAAUAAUUAAUUAAAUCGAAUAAUUGUGUUUGAAAGACUUUUCGCACGUGCCUCGUAAAAUUAAAAAUUAAAAAAACUAUUUUUUUAUUCAUUUGUAAGUUUUUGAUGCAUUUAUUACGAUAUAUAUCGGUGACAUGAAAAAUGUACUUUUGUUUUUUUUAUUUUAUAUUAUUUUAAUAUUUUUUUUUUGUUUUUUUAAUAAUUUUUUUGUUACGGCGUCACUGGAAUUUCAAUUCUUUCAGUUAUUUGAAUUGGCAAGACACUGGACCUUUGUUGUUGAUAUCAAUAGACAUAUCAUGUAAAGUAACAUAGAUGAUUCUUUUGGUAAUUUUUUACUUUAGUAAGUCUCUUUUUUGAAUCGUAAUAUCGAAUGAGAUAUUAAAUUAAUGUUACUGCCAUCUAUUUUUAGUUGUAAACUUUUAUGAUAUUUAUUAUCUGAAUAAAUAUAUCUACCUAUUUCAAUCUAAAUAAUUGUGGUCACUACAUGUAUAGGUAUAGAUAUAAACGAAGGAUAAUCUUAUUGCUCCAAGGUUAGCAUGAAUAUGCAUCAGGAUACUGAUGAAAAUAUAUAAUCAGUAGAUUAAUGUAAUAAUAUUAUUGAAAAUCAUUUUUGACUCAUUCGAUGCAUCAUUGCCUCAAAAAGAAAGAACUAAAAGUGUAUUGAUGACGGUAUCAUUUGUCAUUUUUUAUUUGUACAAUCUGGUUAACUUUAAGACCUUUUUACGUUCGCAUCACGGCAAAAUCUUAAAAUCCUAUGUAUUAAAAUUUAAACGUUUUAAGUGUGUAAUUGUGACGUCACCCAUAAGAAAUACAUUGUCGCUGAAUUUAAACGUUUCGAAGUGUUUAAAAUUGAGGACAAUGUAUUUCUUAUAUGGGUGACGUCAUAUUAAACGUUUAAAUUUAAACACAUGGGGUUACCGUGCAUUACAUUCACACAUUCAAGAAAUUUUGUCCAAGAAAAUACUGCACUAUGUUAGCCAAAAUUAAUUCUGAAUACUUUUGCUAUAUUAUCACAUCGCCAAAUCUUGGAGAAAAGAUUAUCCGUUAAUUAUAUACCUAUGUCUAUGUAUUUCACGGACAUUUAUAAAGCUAUCCUUUUAUCUUUUUUGUUAUAAAAAAUUAUAAAAAGUAUUAGCAGUUUUUAAAGCAUUAAUAAAGAAAAUUAGUAAGUAAAACAACUUGGAUUAAUCAUUGUGCAUGCGUAAGAAAAAAUUUGAAAUUCUGUUCGAACAAGUCGCAAUUAUUUUUUAUUUUAAAUCGUAAUGUAUACCUUAUCUAAUAUUUAUAAAAUUAUUGUAAGUCUAGUAAAUCGAAAAUUAUGAUAUUGCACAUACUUUUAUAUUAUUUUUGAAUAUAUCAACGUAUUCAAUGGUACAGUUAUUUAACGACAUUUAAAAUAAUCGAUGAUAGAUUUAUUUAUAAAAUGUAACAAUAUUAUUCAAUCACUUUUCGAAUGUUAUGUUUUGAAUAAAACUUGUCAAAUUCUUUGAGAGGAAAUAUUGUAAGCGGUGCAUUAUUCAAAUAACAA